AUGAGGGCAACAUGGGCUGCCAGAUGGCUCAAUUGCCGUCUGCUCCUCGGCACCCAGCAGCCAAGCUGCGGUAGCCAUUCUUUUACUAUAUCAGCUGCUGCUCCCGCGUGGGAGAGUCGACGAGCCUUCAGCCAGACCAAGCGUAGCUGCAGUGCGGCGCAAGAAGCUCUCAAGAAAGCUCAGGAAGACGCUGCUAGUUUGACACCCGAGUAUGUCGCCGCCAACAUGUCCGCUGAGGAGGCCAAGCGCCUGUCUCGUGUGCGCAACAUCGGUAUCGCUGCCCACAUCGACAGUGGAAAGACAACAGUCAGUGAACGAGUCCUGUUCUACACCGGCCGAAUCAAUUCGAUCCACGAGGUUCGAGGAAAGGAUUCCGUCGGCGCCAAGAUGGACUCUAUGGAACUCGAAAGGGAAAAAGGCAUCACUAUUCAGUCUGCGGCUACUUUCGCCGACUGGAAAAAAAUGGAAAACGGCAAAGAGGAAACCUACCACUUCAACCUGAUUGAUACACCCGGUCAUAUUGAUUUCACUAUCGAAGUCGAGCGAGCCCUGAGAGUCCUUGACGGUGCUGUCAUGAUUCUGUGCGCUGUUUCUGGCGUUCAGUCUCAGACCAUCACCGUCGACCGUCAAAUGAAACGUUACAAUGUCCCCCGAAUCUCGUUCGUCAACAAGAUGGAUCGCAUGGGUGCCAACCCCUGGAAGGCAGUCGAACAGAUCAACACGAAGCUCAAGAUUCCCGCCGCCGCUAUUCAGAUUCCUAUUGGUGCCGAAGACGAGUUCUUGGGCGUUGUCGAUCUCAUCAACAUGCAGGCUAUGUACUUCGAGGGUCCCCGUGGUACCAAGGUUCGCGUUACCGAUCAGAUUCCCGGUCCUCUCCAGGAAUUCGCCAAGGAGAAGCGCCAGGCUCUGAUUGAGAAGCUUGCUGAUGUCGACGACGAAAUUGCCGAACUGUACCUUGAGGAGCAGGAGCCUACCAACCUUCAGAUCAAGGCCGCUAUCCGACGUGCUACUAUCGCCCGAACUUUCACUCCUGUCAUGAUGGGCUCUGCUCUUGCCGACAAGGGUGUUCAGCCUAUGCUCGACGCUGUUUGCGAUUACCUGCCCAACCCCUCUGAAAUUGAGAACACUGGUCUGGACAAGUCCCAGGGCGAGAAGACUGUUAAGCUGGUUCCCUAUGACUCUCUUCCCUUUGUCGGUCUUGCCUUCAAGCUCGAGGAGAACAACUAUGGUCAACUCACCUACAUCCGCGUCUACCAGGGCAAGCUGAGCAAGGGUACCUACCUGUUCAACUCUCGAACUGACAAGAAGGUCCGAAUUCCCCGUAUCGUCCGCAUGCACUCCAACGAAAUGGAGGAUGUCUCCGAGAUUGGUGCCGGUGAAAUUUGCGCUGUUUUCGGUGUCGACUGUGCCUCCGGUGACACCUUCACUGACGGAGGUCUUCCCUACACUAUGUCUUCCAUGUUCGUUCCUGAUGCUGUCAUGUCUCUUUCCAUCAAGCCCAAGCGAACCGGUGAUGCCGACAACUUCAGUAAGGCCAUGAACCGAUUCCAGCGUGAGGAUCCCACUUUCCGUGUCCACGUUGACGCCGAGAGUGAGGAGACUAUCAUUUCCGGUAUGGGUGAAUUGCACCUUGAGGUCUAUGUGGAACGUCUCCGACGCGAGUACAAGACAGAGUGUGUCACUGGCCAGCCCCGUGUUGCCUACCGAGAGACAAUUGCCCGACGAGCCGACUAUGACUACCUUCUGAAGCGACAGAGUGGUGGUCCUGGUGACUUCGCCCGUGUUGCUGGAUGGAUUGAGCCCAACGACAAGCCUGAUGAGAAUCAUUAUGAGAGCCAGGUCGUUGGUGGUCACAUUCCCGACAAGUUCCUCUCUGCCUGUGCCAAGGGUUUCGACGUUGUCUGUGAGAAGGGUCCUCUCCUGGGCCACAAGGUUAUCGGCGCCAAGAUGGUUGUCAACGAUGGUGCUACUCACGUUACUGAUUCUUCCGAUUAUGCUUUCAACUUGGCCACCCAGAUGGCUUUCAAGAAGGCUUUCUCCGAUGCUGGUGGUCAGGUGCUCGAGCCCCUCAUGAAGACCACUAUCACUGCCCCCAACGAGUUCCAGGGUAACAUUCUUAUGCUUAUGAACAAGCGUAACGCCACCAUUCACGAUACCGAUAUUGGUAGCGAGGAUUUCACACUCAUCUGUGACUGCAGUCUGAACGCCAUGUUUGGCUUCAGCUCUCAGCUUCGUGCUGCCACUCAGGGCAAGGGCGAGUUCAGCAUGGAGUUUAGCCACUACGCCCCUGCUCCUCCUCAUCUUCAAAAGGAACUGGUCGCCAAGUAUCAGGCUGAGCUUGAGGCUAAGCGAACCAAAUAA